AUGUCGGACAAAGACUUGCUUAACGCUGCUCACAACUCGGUUGCCUACAUAAAUGGCCGGGUUUAUACUGUCAACAAGACCCUGCCAUGGGCCGAAGCUUUUAUCGUGGAUUCCAAUGGAAUAUUCAGCGCCGUCGGCAAUACACGCGAGAUCGUUGCUGCUGCUAAGGCAGCCUCGAUGGUGGUAUACAAUCUGAAAGGCAGAUUUGUUAUGCCUGGAAUCCAUGAUGCCCAUGUGCAUACCAUCGUGUCAGGCUCCGGUUUGUUGAAUUGGGCUCAGACCGGAUAUGAUGUUACCAGAGAUAAUGUCGUCGAGCAUUGGAUCUUUGGAGGUGCUGGUUUUGGGUUCGAGAAUUUUGAUCGCAGCCUCCUCGACAAAGAUUACCCGGAUACCCCUGUGGUCCUCCUGGGUGUGGGUUGCCACGAUUGGUACACUAAUACGGCUGCUCUCCGACGCGCUGGUUAUGAUGUCGAACAAGGUGAGGUAGACCCUAUUGGAGGGAAGCAUGAGCUCAGGCCAGACGGGAGCCUCACGGGAGAGCUGAAAGAUCAAGCAGGGAACCGCCUAAUGGCAGCUCUGCCUAAACCAGCCAAAGCGCAUAUCAAGAGAGUCGUCAAGCGUGCAAUCGUCGAGAUGCAUCGUCAUGGAGUUACCUCUUGUCAGGAUGCGUCGUCUACGGAAAUGUUCCUCACAGCUCUCAGUGAGCUUGAGGCAGAGGGAAACCUUAAGAUGCAGUUUGCCACUCACUGCCUAUACAAAAAUGAAUGGCUUACAGGAGAAAUUCAAGUGCCGGCGGAUAAGCUCAUCUUGAACGCUGAUAAGUAUCAGAGCCGACAUGUCGAUACUAGGUUUGUCAAGAUGAUGAUGGACGGGGCCUGCGCGCCGAGCCUGAUGAGUCACUCUGAUGUCGAUGAUAAUGGCAUGCCGGACCAGAGCAAGAUUCUUCUACCAAAUGCUGCCGAGCUCGUGCAGAGAUUCGAUGCCAGAGGGAUGACUUGCAAGAUUCACUGCAUGGGCUACGGUGGUGCGAGGACGGCACUUGACGCUUUCAAGAGCGUUCGUGAAAAGCAACCGGGCGGCCCUCGCCAUGAGGUUGCACACUGCACUCGAGUUCUUCCAGAGGAUUAUAAGAGAUUCAAAAGACUGAAUAUCACUGCCGAGAUGUCCCCUUCUGGAUUCUUCGAUACUUCCCAAUCUGAAAACAUGCGCUUGUUUCAGUACGAUUUUGAGCGAAUGCUCGCAGAAGAGGCGCAUAUAACUAUUGGAAGUGACUGGGCCCAUGGAUUGGAACUCCCUAUGUUCCGUAAUACGGCGAUUUUGGUAAAGAAGAUUGGUGCAGAGAAGGUCUUGGAAAUGAUCACUUUAGCAGGUGCUGUAGCGACUAGAAGAGAAAAGGAAGCUGGAUCAAUUGAGGCCGGCAAAGUUGCAAGCUUUAUAUGCGUCGACAGAGAUCUCACUCAUGGAGAUUUCCAGAACGCAAAGGUGCUGAAGACUUGGUUCGAAGGAGAGGUUGUUUAUGACGCUGCAAAUGAGCUAGUAUAG